AACAAUUCGAAAAGGAUUUUCCUAACAAAAGAAUAGAAGUAGUUGAUACUGGAAAGAAAUAUAGAUAUGGAAAUUUCACUAGUUGUGAUUUAGAUUUGAGUGAAUAUACGGAUUUGAGAGAAUUAAUAAUAGAAAACAACAAAGUGACUUCAAUAAAAUUGUCAGGGUGCGAGAAUUUGGAAGUUUUGAGGUUAACUAGUAACAAUUUAAUUUCUGUAGAUUUUUUAAAUGAUUUGCCUAAUCCUGAGAAGCUAGAAAUUUUGAGAGUUUACGAUAACAAUAUUAAACCUACAGACAUAGAAAUCUUUAGAACUACGAAAAUGUAUUUAUCAGCGGGCAAUGGCAAUCGAUUCUACGGUUCCUUAAAAUCUUAUCAAAACUUAACUAAACUAACUUCUAUCUGCAUAGAAGCCACUGAUGUAGAUAGUGGAUUAGAAUAUUUACCUAUGAGUUUAACCUUAAGUUCAGCAAAAGAAAAAGCAGAAAAUGAGAAACAAGGAGAGAAAAUAAUGACAGCAAGACCUGAAUAUUUUAUUGAUCCUAAUAGUAGAAGUAAAUGGAUAAGUGCUUUAGGUGAAAAAUUAAAUAGGACUAAACAGGAAUUAGAAAAAGUUAAACAAGAAAAUCCAGAAAAAGAAAAGAAAAUUCAGAGAUUGGAAAGUAAGAUUAAACUUUUAGAAGAAGAGUUGGAUUUUUUGGCUCAAGAAAAUAAAAAGUUGAAAGUCACCAAUCAAAAACUAGAAAAAGAAAACUCUGAACUUAGGCAACAAGCAACAUCGAUAUCUUCCAAAUCACUG